UUUCUCCAUUAUUUUAGAACACAUCACAAUAAAUACAAUUAUUGUCACAAAAACAAAGCAUAAAAAGCAAACUUUCCCAUCACUUAUUCAUUAUUUUGUCUAUACAUCUUUCUUUCAUACUCCCAAAUUAUUCCUUCAAAAAAAAAAACAAAUUGCUCCAAAUGAGUUCAAAAAAACUUGUGACUUUUGAACUUUCUUUCUUCUUCUUGAUCUUAUUAUUAGGGUUUUUGAGUGCGAGUCUCGAUAAAGAUAGAGAAGAAUGUGCUAACCAACUCGUCGGUUUGGCCACGUGUCUUCCUUAUGUCAGCGGUGAAGCCAAAGCUCCCACACCGGAUUGUUGCACCGGUUUAAAAGAAGUUUUAGACAAGAGCAAGAUAUGUCUAUGUAUCUUGGUAAAAGACAGAAAUGACCCUAGCCUUGGUCUUAAGAUCAAUGCUACACUUGCAUUAAGCCUCCCUACUUUAUGUCAUGCUCCACCUAAUAUGUCUAAUGUAUCUAUGUGCACCGAUUUGUUGCAUUUGGCACCAAAUUCACCAGAUGCUAAGGUUUUUCAAGAUUUUGCAAAAAAUGCAAAAGGAAGUUCUGCUGCUCCAUCUGCACCAGUUAGUGAGAACUCUAGUGGAAAACCAGCAAAUUCUUCAACAAAUGAUAAGAAUGAUGGAGGACAUAGAAGGAGAUGGAUGGGAUUUAUGGAAAUGACUAUGGGCUUUUUGGUCAUUUUGGUGCUUUCAUAUCUCACCUAACUUUUUAACACAUAAUUAUUGUUUUUU